CCCGUUUCCCUCAGCGGUUCCUCAGAGAGCGGCUGGCGGUUUGUGUGUCGGCGCCGGCGGGCCGCUCCUUCUUGUGUGCCUCUCGCUGUCUUCCUCCUCCACACACAGACACGGACAGCCGGAGCCGGGCAAGGGGAGGGUGGAGUCCAGCCCCUUGUCGCCUUUCCUCUCCUCUUCCCUCCCUCUUAUUUCCCCCUCCUUCUUCAUCCCCACUCCCCUCCUCUUCCUCCUCCUCCCCUCACGGACAACAACAUGGCGGCGGUGUCGGGGGCAGCGGCGGGCAGCUGUGCCAGCCUCGCCGGGGGCCCGGAGAUGGUGCGAGGGCAGAUCUUCGACGUGGGGCCUCGCUACACCAACCUCUCCUACAUCGGGGAAGGGGCUUACGGGAUGGUCUGUUCAGCACAUGACAAUGUGAAUAAAGUUCGGGUGGCCAUAAAGAAAAUCAGUCCUUUUGAACACCAGACUUACUGCCAGAGAACUCUUAGAGAGAUCAAAAUCUUACUGCGCUUCAAACAUGAAAAUAUUAUUGGGAUCAAUGACAUUAUCAGAGCUCCAACAACUGAACAGAUGAAAGAUGUAUACAUUGUGCAAGAUCUAAUGGAGACAGACCUUUACAAGCUCUUAAAGACUCAACAUCUCAGCAAUGACCACAUCUGUUAUUUCCUUUACCAGAUCCUGAGAGGAUUAAAAUAUAUCCAUUCAGCCAAUGUGCUGCAUCGUGACCUCAAACCUUCCAAUUUGCUGCUAAACACCACUUGUGAUCUCAAGAUCUGUGACUUUGGACUGGCUCGCGUUGCAGAUCCAGAUCAUGAUCAUACUGGGUUCCUGACAGAAUAUGUAGCUACGCGUUGGUACAGAGCUCCUGAAAUCAUGUUGAAUUCUAAAGGUUAUACCAAAUCUAUUGAUAUCUGGUCUGUAGGCUGUAUUUUGGCAGAGAUGCUAUCAAACAGACCCAUCUUUCCAGGAAAACACUAUCUUGAUCAGCUGAACCACAUCCUUGGAAUACUUGGAUCUCCUUCUCAAGAAGACUUGAACUGCAUAAUCAAUUUGAAAGCCAGAAACUAUUUGCUUUCUCUUCCGUACAAAAACAAGGUGCCAUGGAACAGGCUGUUUCCAAAUGCUGACCCCAAAGCUCUUGAUUUGUUGGAUAAAAUGUUGACCUUCAACCCUCAUAAAAGAAUUGAAGUGGAAGAAGCUUUGGCGCAUCCAUAUCUAGAGCAGUAUUAUGAUCCAAGCGAUGAGCCUGUAGCUGAAGCACCCUUCAAGUUUGACAUGGAGCUGGAUGACUUACCAAAGGAAAAACUGAAAGAACUGAUUUUUGAGGAAACUGCUAGAUUCCAGCCAGGAUACAGAUCCUAAAUGACAUACAGGAAAAAGGAGUUCAAGGGCUGGACAUACUCCACAUAGAUGUUAUCUUCCUGGUUCUUUAUCUAUGGUCAUGCCUUGUGGCCUAUUUCAGCUUAUCCACUAACCACUUCAAGCCAUUCAGGAGAACCAUUUCUGGUAGUCCUGGCUUUUAUGCUUUCAAUGGAUUCUUUAUUUAUGCCUGAAAAAAUUGUCACUGAUAUUUCUGUGCGUAAUGUCCAUCACUGACCUUUAUGCAGUACUGUACUUCCAUAUGCACCUACUGCUGACAAUACUGCUUCCUUUUCUGUUUUGAAAGAUGCAGUGUUUCAUCCCCAGAUUUUAACCUAGAAGGUGGCAGACAAAGAUUUCUACAUCAUGAACUGUUUUAUUUUCUAGAUUUAAAUUUUGUUAGUAGCAUUUUUAUUUUUUAAAGAAAAAGCUACGAUUUAGGGCACUUUAAGUCAGUGGCAUCCUCCACUCUUUUGCACUUGGUAAAUGGCAUUUCCGUGCGCUGUUCUGGUUUGCCAGAAGCGGCUUAGUUAUGCUGGCCACAUGGCCUGGAAGCUGUACGCCAGCUCCCUCGGCCAGUAAAGCAAGCUGAGCGCCGCAACCCCAGAGUCGUCCGCGACUGGACCUAAUAGUCAGGGGUCCCUUUACCCUUUACCUUUAAGCAGUAGUGGUUACUAACACACACAGUGCAGAUGGACUGAGUGACAGCAUAGGCUACAUUAAUAUUAAAAUCAUGUGCUUGCUCUGAUUUCUUCUACACAUGUAAAUUAUUUAUUGCAGGGCAUUUUACUAGGACAUCCAGAAAUCUUGCUUUGUUAACCAAACCUUAAUAAUGGGCGGGGGGGCCAUUCUGUCACCUCUUUCAGCAGUCCUAGGUACGUCAACAAUUUUCAAUUUGAAUGGUACUCCCAAAGCAUUUACUGUCCUAUUUGAAAGAUAUGCAUAUCCUAAGCAUGUUUACUCAGAAGCAAAUCUCAGUGAGUUCAGUAGGACGAGUAGGUAUUCCUAGGAUGAUAGCCUUGCAAACAGAAAGUAGCAGCUCAAUAGCAGUGAGAGAGUAAUUUAGAUAACCAAAUUUCAUCCUCAGUAGUUUUCUGUUGUGGAAAGGCACCAUGUGGUAUUCAUUAGUGAGUGGAUAUAUUCAUAUGAAUAUGUGAACUCAGUCUACAUAUUAAAUACCAGUGAAACACUUCAGGUAUCUUUACAAUCUUUGAAUUUACACGGAGGGCUCUGACAAUGGAACACUGCAUCUUUGAAUAAGAAAUUUAGAAUUUACCUUGCUGUAAUCUUCCCUGUGGUGAUAGGCUCUCAAAUCCUUUGAUUUGAUCUACUGCUCAGUUAAAUUGUUUAUUGAUAAUGCUGAUUUAGGGCCACCAAACGAAGCUAUCACUAAAUCAUGUUUCGUUGAACACCUUACCUUUUUUAAUGAUAGCUCUUUAAGUAUUUGUUUCUGAAACUGUGUCAUGUGGAGUUUACUAGGUGUAAUGUUCCAGUGCAGUGCCUCCUUUACUUUCCCCACUGCUCUGUGGUGAGAAAUUUGCCUUGUUUAAGAUAAUUACUGUGCCCUCGCAUGACUGUUACAAGCUUUCUGUGCAAAGAUGAUUGUCUAAGUGCCACAUGCCUACAAUUGAAAAAGUUACCUCCGAGUUGUGUUGAAUUAAAUUCUAUCCAGCAAAUAACUUAGGAAAAAAAUAGUUUUGUUUUAGCUGUUUUUUCUCUGCUCUGUUGUGUUUUGGAAGCAGUGAAGAAUAGACUGUAUAAAGAACGCUUACUAAUGCGAACAAAGACGCACUUGUAAUUAAUCAAAAAUAAAUUUUAAUCUUGUAUCUUUACAUUAACCUUUCAAAUAAUUUUAUUUGCUCUUUGGUAAAGCAUUUAAAUGGGAAUCUGACGUCUGUUGUAUUAAAGGACACUUGCUGGUGAUAGCACUAAUUUUAUCUGCAGUAUAAUUUAGAAAGCAUUAACCUAGACUUUUGGCCCUAUCAUUUUACAUAUUUACUGAGAUUGACAGAACAACUCCCAAGUAAUGAUACAUAGGAUGGUUCCAGGCCCCAGCCACCUCAAGUUAGUGAUAACCAAAUCCCAUUGAAAGUAUUGGGACACUGGUUAGUCACACCUAAACUAGUUUUGAUUGGUUCCAAUGGGGCAUGCUGCACAAUCCUAAGCAUGUUUACUUGUCUCAUUGAGACUUAAGCUGCAAUCCUGUGCACACUUACCUGGGAGUAAGUCCCAUUGAACUCGAUGAGGUUUACGUCUGAGUAAAUGACUUUAGGAUUGCAGCUACAGGCACUUUAGCAGAAUUCGGGGCCCAGUAUAAAAGGGUGCUUAUAGGAUCCAAAAUCCAAAUAUUUUCUUAAUGAAUAAUUUAGGAAUUUGUUUAAGCAGACUAACUUUUAGUAAACACAAGUUUGUCUUCAAAGGGCAUUUUCUAUUAACUCUUAUGGUCCAUAGUACUACUACUUUGUAAACCACGAAUAGGGGACAUAGUUGGGAAAACUGCGAAGAUGUCAAUUUUGUUAGGAUUCUACACUUCGCUGUUUGUACUCAGGUGGAAACGUUUCUUGGACUUUUACAAAUCAUAUCUUAGCCAAAGGCCUGCACCUCAUUCAGUUGAAAUAUAGCCCUAGGCUCUGCAUGUACGAUCAUUACAGAAUUAACUUGGUGAGUUUUGACUGUUAGAAAAGCUCUACUGAAAUAACACCACUGUUUUAUUAGAGCUUUGCCAGCUUUUCAUUUACUCCUUGCAGUUAUGCUUUGGAGAUUUAACUUUAGUAGGAUGAACAUUACCUUGGAUUUACAACUCUACAAAAGAAGCCAUGGGCACUAUUUACUAAUAUCUGGUGCUUUGAGGCAUUACUUCUGUCUGCUUUUAAAACAGAUUGACUUGAAAGCAUUAAUUGCAGACAUCAAAUGUUUUAAGGCGUGAAAUUCCACCUUGAGCAUAAAAGCAGGAUUUUCAACAGGAAAUAUUUUUAAGAUGAAUGCCUAUACCAAUGUGUUUUUAUUACCUGUCUAUUUCUGCAUGACUAUCCCAGGAAUUCCUACUAAAGUGAUUGAGAACAUGAGGUCAUGUUACCAAUAUAGUAUGCAGUUAUACGGAAGUUUGUUCAGGGAUCUUUGGUGUAAGAAAUGCAUAUUUUGGAUUUGAUGUGAGUUGAGUGCAGAUUGUGCAUAUUCACCGGUCACUAUAUUAAAUCCUUUGGAUAACUUCAUAUUCAGCUUGGAGACUAUGCAUAUUGAUCAGGCAAUAUAUACACUAUUCAUUCCGUCAGUUUGUGCACAUUCUCCGUUCAGCUCCUGUUAGCUGCAACAUAUGCAAGCUGCCAAACAUUCCAGUCUUCGGCUAGUAAGACCCUGCAAUUCACAGUGGUAUAAUGCAACAAAAUUAUGUUUCCUGGCUGUGAUUGAUUGAACUUUUGCUUUCUGAGGCCUAUUCCCCCCCCCCAAAAAAAAGCCAUACAUGUGUGCCAUACAUGGGAAGCCUCAUAAUGUGUGUUUUAAUUGGUAACUGCAUUAUCACAUAGGUAAGAUAUGAGAGCUGCAGGAGGACUUUGGUAAUUGAAGGCAACCAAUUUUGUUUCUGCUUUAAAAUACUUAAAUAUGAAGCCGCCUUAUAGAGAGUCAGAUUAUUGGCACAUCUACCAAAGUACUUGCAGUGGCUCUCAAAUAUCAUUAAUGGGGAGGUUUUCCCCAGCCCUGCUAUACGAUAUUCUUUUAAGCCGGAGAUGCCAGGGAUUGAACCUUGGACUUUUGGGCCAUGCAGACCUUAUUGCUUCUGCUACUAUGUGCUACACUAUGGUAUAUUUAUAAUUUGUCAGAAAUACAUCAGCCAAGAAGCUGUCAUGGGGAUUGUAAAUUCUUAAAGAGUUCCUUGGUUUCCGUAAGUUCAGUAUCCUAAAUGCUUGCUUAAUAAACCAAUUUUUAAAAUAGCUCAGAUAGGGGUAUACAUACAUAUGAUUUCACUUUUAGUCCUUUGCAUAGUACUUCUAUAUUUAUAAAGCAAUGUUUUGAAGCAAUCCCAAGUUUAAGGGAAAGUAUUUUUGUAAGUGUUGCAGUUUAAGUCCAAGAAAUCCUUUUCACAUAAGUUUAAAAUGCAUUUCUGCUUUGGCUUGAAUGAUUUGUCUGAAAAGAAGACACUAAUGAAAAGUGCACCUUGGUGAAGUUCAUCCAAGCCAUCAGUGUUAUAGCAUGUGCUGUGAUCAGAACUGAAGUGAUAUAUUGGAAGAAAUUCAACCAUAGGACUAACCUUGUGACCCCAGAAGAAACUUGUAAAGGCUGCAGCAGGUUUACUUACUAUUGUUGCCUUUUCUUGUGGUGUUUCAGCGUAGAGCACUCCCAAGGAAAUACUUCUGCUUUUGUAUUUGCUUUGUACUGUUGGUGCCUUAGUCAUGUACCCCAAACAUCCCGCACAGCUAAUUUUAGUUAAUGGUAAGAUUUAAAACCUAAAACAAAAGCAAAAUUUUAUAAAGGUUUUCUGUAUGUUGUUACAUUAUAACAACUAAACGUUUAUAUCGUGUGACAGAUUUGUGAUUUGUUUAUUAUAAUAUGUAUAGAAUGACUGUGAGUAGAAAAGGUUUAUAUUUCAUCUUCUGUUGAUGUAAACGUAUAUACUUUUUUUUUAAUUAAAUGUCUUUUUAGUAUAUGCCAUCUGAUUCUUGUACAAACAAAUGUGAAUAAAUCAUUAAAUUGUGAUCCUGGAUUACCAAAGUAAGAAA